AGUAGAACUGUCAUCGAACGCAAAAGCCCCAUCUCGAACUCCAAAACCUCACAAGAUGGCCGUCCCAACCGCGCAGAAAACAUCGUGGGCCGACGAUGUCGACGAACUCGAUCAACCCAAUAUAAUCGAAGAUUACGUGGACGAGAAUGGGAUCCGUAUCACCGUCGAAUGUACUAUUAACGACGAGGGAAAGAAAGUCAAGAUAACCCGAAAAAUCAAACGUACACUCCAAAAGUCCGUCGUCGAGCACGCUGUUGCCGAACGCAAAAAGUGGGCCAAAUUCGGCAAGGAAAGAGGGAACAAAGAAGGCCCGGAUCACGCUACGACGACAGUCGGCGAGAACGUUACGCUCAAGAUAAGUGCCGGCAACAAAUCCUCGGAACCGGAACCAUCCGCAGAACAGACGAUCAAGGCUGAACUUGCGAAAGCAGGAGGCGGAAAAGUCUCUUGUAGACUUUGUAAAGGAGACCACUUCACUGCAAAAUGUCCUUACAAGGACCAUCUUGCAGGGCUGGAAACAUCAGACACUCCUGACGAAGGUACAUUUGCGAGUGCUGCAGCGGAACCCGCGCCGGCACCUGCGACAGGCAAGUACGUCCCCCCCUCGAUGCGCACACGUGGGCCAGGCGAAUCGAUGCCGCGGGGUUCGGGUGCCGGUGGGCCAGGCACGCGCGAUGAGUUCCCCACGCUACGUGUGACCAACAUCUCCGAAGAAACCCAAGAGAACGAUCUACGCGAGCUCUUUGGAGCAUUCGGUCGCGUCAUCCGUGUGUAUGUCGGGAGGGAUAGAGAGACAGGUGUUGGUAAAGGUUUUGCUUUCGUGAGCUUUGAGGAUCGGGUGAGUGCGCAGAAAGCGAUGGAGAAGUUGAAUGGGAAGGGGUAUGACAAUUUGAUUUUGAGCGUGCAGUGGUCGCAACCGAGACCUGACGGUCGAUGAUUGCUGUCUUGGAGAUCCAUUUCAGUAUCUGUACCCAUAUGUAUCGAACCCACUAAUACCAGAUCAGCGAUAUGCCAAACCAUGACAUUCCGUAGGCACAUGGAAUCUAGUCUAUCAAUCCGAUCCAAGUUCUGUUUUCGGUCCGUCGGCAGUACCUAGAGACCUUUAUGGCGCAUGUAACCGGUAGACCGGCUGUACUUACACAGUGUUCACGCUAGACAAUCAAGCUCGAAAGCUUCGAAGGGUUACCGAGGGAAUGGAGCCCGGACUCGUCAAUUGGUGCCUCGGGUACGAUUUCUGUUAGCUUGAAGUAAAG